AUGCUGGACUAUGGUAAGACCGGGUGCAGAAUGAUGCAGAUCGAACAGCAGCAGUACCUCAAUCUGCAUGGCGUACCACUGAAUCAGCCAUCGGAGGCGACAGUCGCGCCCCCGCCUGUUAUAAUCUGCCCGACAGAAGUGGAUAAUGUGAAUAUAACAUUGGAGAAGAAUCAGCAGUGUGCAUGCAAAGACUGCGGCAAAUUGUUCAACUCCGUCUGGUACCUCAAGCAGCAUGCUGUGAAGCAUUCCAACGACCGCCCGUUCAGAUGCAAAUUUUGUUACAAGGUUACUUAG